AUGAUUCUUAAUACCAGGCAUCAUUUAGCGUCUUCAAGACAUAUAGACGCAGAAUCUAAGACAUUAAGCUCUAGAGUUGUUAACACUCGUUACGGUCAGCUGCGAGGAUUUAUCAGCAGUUUACCUAGCCGUCAGUUACAACCGGCAGAAGUGUUCUUGGGGGUCCCCUAUGCCGGAGCUCCUAAGGGUCCACUGCGUUUCAUGCCGCCGGUAACAUCACCUCAUUGGAAAGGCGUGCGUUUAGCAGAUCAUUUGAGUGCUGUAUGUCCUCAGAAGUUGCCAGAUGUUGCUAAUGAAACGGAAGCAUUAAAAAGAAUGCCAUUGGGCAGAUUUUUAUACCUUAGAAGACUCAUCCCAUAUUUAACCAAUCAAAGCGAGGAUUGCUUGUACCUGAACAUCUACGCACCAUUGUCAGGUAAGCAGAAAUUAUGUUCUUAA